AUGUAUGAAGUGAAGCCAGAUGACAGUAUGGCACCUGGAUAUCCGGAGGGAGUUGUAGAUAUAAAAUAUUGUCAUUAUCCACAAUCACGACAAUCGCCACGUCGACACCCAAAAGAGACGCCAAAAGAGCCUGGCUACACACUGAACCAUUCGAAAUCUGAAUCACCCUGGACCCUCAAGUCUAAAGAUAUGCCAAGAAGUCGAGAAGGGGAUAAAAAGUUCUACGCUGUGAGGCCCUACGGAGACUUGCCAGAUCAAACGUUUGUUUCACCAACCCGCGGGGAUUUAAAAGUUACACGAGGUCGUGGAGGGUAUUAUGAUAACCCUAAUUUCGUGUUGUCACCUAAAAUGCAUCAAAACAGAAAUGAAGAAGAACGUUCGUCAAACACAAGCAAUAGCAGAUCAAGGAAUCAUAAAAGCAGAAGCAAGAGACAUUGUGUUGGUGCUGCAGCAAUAUUCCUACUAGUUUUACUAGUAAUUAUUGCAAUUGGUAUAAGUGUUUACUUUCUCAAUGAACAGAUGAUAGAUAAUGGGUCAAUGCCUUCUCGACCACCAGCUUCUAGACUUGAUUCAGAAUCUUUAGCAGCGGAUCCUGAUUUUAAAGCCUCUAUUAGAGUAACAAACUAUGAUUGGGACACGCGGAUGGCUGAUAAAGAAAGUGAUGUGUUCAGACAGACUGCAAGUGAUAUGGAAAAACAGCUUGAUACCAUAUUCUUAAAAAGUCCUAUAGCACCGGUUUAUAACUACAGUGUAGUGAAUUCCUUAAGUGAAGGAAGCAUUAAGGUAAAUAUGAGCGUCAAACUACGCUCUGUUACUGCAGAAAUAGAGAAAGAAGAGCUAGAGGAGCAGAAACUGAACCUAAAGAAUAAACCGUACAUAGUUGCACAGGCUCUAAAACAGGGUAUAGAAGAAUUAAAAAAGCAACAAGAUCAAUUGGGAGUUACAAGUUCUCUGCCAGUAAUAGAUGUUGACGCAGAUGCCAUCGAAGUAGCUGCAGUUACUACUACUACGAUCUUUCCACCAACUUCAACUACAACUGCAACAACUGCAGCUUCAACCACUACACCAACUCCAACCACUGAAUCAGCAACGGUAGCAACAACUGCGGCUUCAAUCUCUACGCCAAUUCCAACCACAGAAUCAACAACGAUAGCAACAGCUGCGGCUUCAAUCUCUACGCCAAUUCCAACCACAGAAUCAACAACGAUAGCAACAGCUGCGGCUUCAACCACUCCACCAACUCCAACCACGGAAUCAACAACGGUAGCAACAACUGCGGCUUCACUCACUACACAAACUCCAACCACAGAAUCAACAACGAUAGCAACAACUACGACUUCAACCUCUACGCCAACUCCAACCACCGAAUCAACAACGAUAGCAACAACUGCGGCUUCAACCUCUACGCGAACUCCAACCACCGAAUCAACAACGAUAGCAACAACUGCGGGUUCAACCUCUACGCCAACUCCAAAUACAGAAUCAACAACGAUAGCAACAACUGCGGCUUCAGCCUCUACGCCAACUCCAACCACAGAAUCAACCAUGAUUGCAGCAACGUCGACUUCAACCACUCCACCAACUCCAACCGAAUCAACAACGAUUGCAACAACUUCGGCUCCAGCCAUGAAUUCGACUACACCAUCAGCUAUUCUCUCAAUUCCGACCACUUCACCAUCUUCGACACCGGAUCAAACUAUAUCAACAGUAACCACGGCCACUACACCAGCUGCAAAUAGAUCUUCAAAUUCUUCCAUUGCAACAACCUCAAGUGCAAAUAUUCAAACUGCAGCUUACUCUUCGACCACAAAUACACCCCUUACAACCCAAGGGAUUGCACCAGGAGCGUUAUGUCCUGAUUUGGAAUCGUGGAAAGAAAUGAUAACAAGUGUCUGUAAUUCAUCUAUCAAAGCUGCAAAUGAAGCUUCAGUUCACGAGGACCAGUGUUAG